AUGUUCAAGAACAUCAAAGAAAAACAGGCAACAUUGUUUCAAUCCAAGCAAUCCAAUGCUUCGGAAAGUGACCGCGGCCAGGAUUUGUCGUCCAUCCUGGACCGGUCGCAGCGUGCCGACUUAACUGUCCUGGUUUCUCAGAUUGCUGAGUCAAUGCGAGGCAAGAUUGUGGAGCUCUUCGAAGAUACAGUCGUGAAAGAGGAGUCCUCUCGCCCCACACCACAUACCUCGUCGAAGGCGGAUCGCGAUGAAGACACGCCUCCGUUGCCUCCAAGGCCACAGGGGAAUGCGACUGCAGACAAGAGCGACAGUCCGCGUCAAGGUUCUCCUAGUAAAUUGUUGAGCCCGCAAUCCAAAGUCACCACGCUCAAUAGUUUCGACGAUUGGAGGGAUUCUGUACUUCUGCGCGUCGGCGCUGUCGUCAAUAAAGAGGAAGAGGAUCAACAUAAGAAGCAACACCAGGAAGUCUCGCAGGAUGCCGCCCAGUCUGAGGAUCUCCCAUUGGACGAAGAUAAAGAUAGAUUGGCUAAAUUGCAAGAGAUCUACCACCCAGUGGAAACCCCACUAGCUGAACUUCCGAAAGCGAAAAGAUUGCUUAUUCUUCAUUCCCUUCUCCUUUUGAUGCUCAGUCUAGAGCACUACAAUGCUUAUUCAAGAGUUUUGAUGUUGAAUGUCGCGUCCAGCCUGAACAUAGAUAUCGAAAUCCUCAACCAAGACGAAAUCAAGGUUGCCCGCGGACUACUGCAGACAGCUUUGGCACUUUCCGCAGACCAAGACAACAAAGAGAAACCAAAGAAGAAGGAUGAUAUGAGGAAAUGGAAAGUCGGCAUUGCAUCUGUGGCUGGAGCUGCUUUGAUCGGCAUCACCGGUGGACUUGCAGCUCCGCUGGUAGCAGCGGGUCUUGGAACUGUCAUGGGCGGACUGGGUCUCGGUGCCACCGCUGCUGCCGGGCUGCUUGGCACGUUGGCCGGGAGUAGCGUUGUUGUCGGCGGUUUGUUUGGCGCUUAUGGCGGGCGUAUGACUGGUCGUAUGAUGGACAAGUACGCCCGUGAAGUUGACGAUUUCGCAUUCAUUCCAAUUCGCGGAGAACGUCGUCGAAACGAGAAGGAGACGGACUCUGCUGAAGAAGAUCAUCGUCUACGAGUCACCAUCGGCGUCACCGGCUGGGUCAAAGAGGAGUCAAACUUCGUGGUCCCAUGGCGGGUGGUUGGUGCUGACUCCGAAGUCUUCGCUUUGCGCUGGGAGAUGGAGCCUUUGAUGAAAUUGGGAAAUGCAAUUUCAGCACUCGUGACUAGCGCAGCAUGGUCGGUUGCUGGCCGUGAAGUCUUGGCUCGCACCGUUUUCCACUCGCUCAUGAGCGCAGUCAUGCUUCCUCUGGGCCUCAUGAAUGUUGCCGGCGUCGUUGAUAACCCUUUCAGCGUGGCCAAAGCUCGUGCCGACAAAGCGGGCGAAGUUCUUGCCGAUGCCCUCAUUAACAAGGCCCAGGGAGAACGAGCCGUGACCUUGAUUGGGUAUUCCUUGGGAUCUCGGCUGAUCUUUUCCUGCCUCCAAAGUCUCGAAAGGCGAAAUGCUUACGGUCUCGUUGAGUCGGUGGUACUGAUGGGCUCGCCGACCCCUUCAAACACGGAGCACUGGCAGAAGAUCCGCAGUGUCGUCAGCGGACGCGUUGUCAAUGCUUAUUCCGAGAACGACUCUGUCCUUGCCUUCCUCUACCGAACAAGCAGUCUUCAGCUCGGUGUGGCCGGAUUGCAACCAGUCGAAGGUGUUCCAGGCGUUGAAAAUCUCAACGUGAGCGAAUUGAUCAGCGGCCACCUAAGAUACCAGUACCUGCUUGGCAGAAUCCUUACCCUCGUCGGACUGCAAGACUUUGACGCCAGUGAGAUCGACCGUGAAGAAGCGGCUCUCGCUGCCGAGGACCAGCGACUGGAGGAGGAGCGGUUGCAGAAUGAGCGCGAGGCUGGAGUUAAGGAUCCGGGGUCCUCAGAUGCCCGCGAGACCUUGAACAGCCAAGAUGGCUUUAAGGAGGAUGCACGGUUGCAAAAGCAGGUCGAAGCACAGACCCAGGAGAAUUUGAGUCACCGGAUUGAGAUGCUCGAUUUGCAUCAUGAUGAUUACUCGGCGCCUUUGAAAGAGGAUCCUUCGAAGCAUUCUGCGCUCUAA